AUGUUGCGUUUUUUCGUGUUUUUGUUGCUAAUUUCGGUGAUUUCGUCAGGAAUUGUUAAUUUAGAAGUGCACUCAACUGUUGAGUUAACCAAUCAAUUGGUUUACGAAUUGAACGAGGUGGUUUUUAUCAAUGAGGGCCCCCCGACCCAAACCUACACUUACACCAUUGAAUCGGGGCUCCACUCGGUGUAUUUCUCCACCGAAAAGGGCAAAAAACUCGCUUUUGUGACCACAACUCAAGGUUUGAGAGUCAAGCUCAACGAGAGUGUUACCACCGGACAAGAAUUCAAAUUUUUUGUGAAAAUAAUCCACGCCAAUGCGAUUCUCCCCAUGAUGAAAAAACGGAAAUUUGACGAAGACCAAGUGGUGAAAUACGAGACAAACGUCCGGUUUUUCUCACUUUAUGAGACCAAAGUCUUCACAAGGAGGUACAAUUUGAAAAAUAAUUCCUUGAUUGAACACACGCAGGAGGCAAGUUUCGUUGCAAGUGACCACCUUGUGUACAAUUUUACGGACUUGGGGCCCCUCGAGAGGGCCUCCUUGGUGCUCGUUUUCGUCAAUAAUGACCCGUUCGUCGUGGUGCGCUCCCUCGAGAGGAUUAUCGAUGUUAAUCAUUUUGGGAAAAUCACAAUCGAGGAUUGUGUCACGCUCGUGAAUAACGGUGCUGCGUUGACAGGGCCCUAUCACAGCCUCCCCAAGAUCCGGAGUAAAGCCUCGACGAGUUGGUUCUACACCCAUUUGCCUGCCUCGGCCGAAAAUAUCAAGUUUUUUGACAGUUUGGGGAACAGCUCCGAGACACAAGUCUACAAUUAUGGCACGUACAAGACGGUCAAGUACAAGACACGGUACCCCCUUCUCGGGGGCUGGAAAACUAGCUACAAUCUUCGAUAUGAAAUCCCCACUUAUGAGUCUUUGUUCGUUUUGGGGGAUUUUUUCCAGUUGCAGAUCAGGGCUGUCGAUUAUGUUAUCAAUGAUAAGAUGAUUGAGAAUGCAAUCGUGCGGAUUUUUUUCCCCGAAGGUUCAAGGGUUGGUAAUGUGGAUUUGCCGUCUCUGAUAAAUUUUGUGGGGCAAGAGUCGGGGUGUCCCACUGGGUUGUGCUUUUAUGGUCGUCCGAUUGUGGUCCUCAACGGGACGAAUUUGUUCGAUAAUUAUGUGCAAACUCUCAAAAUUGAGUAUUUUUUGAGUCCGUUGUAUUUUUUGAAAGCCCCGAUUUUGAUUGCAGUGUAUUUGGAGGCUGCGUUUGUUGUGGUUUUGGGCGGGAUUCGCUAUUUCUCUUACUUGUAGUUGCAAA